UCGCACCUGUCCGAAACGCAGUCAUGAGGAACCGUGAACAGGAGGCAUGACCCCAAACGCAUGUCGUCAUUUCCCCAAGAGUGGCCGCUGUGGACGAGGGGGGAAAGAAAGAGAGGAGGGAAGGGACGAAAGGAAGAGCAGCACACGGCUAGCUACAGACACACUGGUUUUCUAGCAAGAGGGCUGCCCGAGUUAACUGAUACCAUACAAGUUUCUCAAGAUCGGUCGUUGAAGUGCACGAAAUGGGGAGAAAGUCGAAUAGAGCAAAGGAGAAGAAACAGAGAAGGCUUGAAGAAAGGGCAGCUAUGGAUGCUGUGUGCGCUAAAGUGGACGCAGCCAAUAAGCUGGACGACCCUCUGUCUGCUUUUCCGGUGUUCAAAAAAUACGACCGGAAUGGGUUGAACCUGGAGAUCGAGUGUAAGAGGGUAUCUGCGCUGUCUCCCAUUACUGUGGAGUGGGCCUAUGAGCUGACCAGAGCCAACAUGCAGACACUAUAUGAGCAAAGCGAGUGGGGAUGGAAGGAGAGGGAGAAGAGGGAGGAGAUGAAGGACGAGAGGGCGUGGUAUCUCCUGGCCCGCGACGCCGACUCCGCCCCUGUUGCGUUCUCUCAUUUUCGAUUUGAUGUUGAAUGUGGUGAUGAGGUGUUAUAUUGUUAUGAAGUCCAGCUGGAGAGCAGAGUCAGGCGGAAAGGUUUGGGGAAGUUCCUCAUUCAGAUUCUCCAACUCAUCGCCAACAGUACACAGAUGAAGAAGGUGAUGCUGACAGUAUUCAAACACAAUCAUGGAGCCUACCAGUUCUUUCGGGAGGCCUUACAAUUCGAGAUCGACGACACCUCCCCCAGUAUGUCGGGUUGCUGUGGAGAUGACUGUUCCUAUGAGAUUCUGAGUCGGCGGACGAAGUUCGGCGAGGCCUCGGGUCACGCGCAUGCCGGCAGCCACUGCGGAGGGUGCUGUCACUAGGCCCAGGCUUUCCUCUCCUGUCACGGAAAACGCUCCUCAUCUUACACCUCUGUCAGCAGUCACACCUCUGCCCCUUGUUACCUCCAUACGAAAUUCUCUUAUGUCUAGUGCAGUCACACCGCUCACAGGCCAAACUCAGCUGCCCAGCUCGAGCCAGUCAGAGCACCUUCGGCGUCAUGUUCGUCACCUGCCCUAGAAAGAAUUUUACAAAGUCUGCCUCAAAUGAGGUGGAUUUAUGUUACCGUGAACUUUCUCUAUUGACCUCAGAUUUUAAGGUGAGAAAUUUUGUAAGCAAGUUAGUUUAUAAGGUACUCAGAUAAAACGGCAGGAAAGGCUCCUGUUUUCUCGAUUGUUUAGUUAUAUUUAAGAUGGCUGUGAAGCAGGUCAGUGAAAGUGAAAGGUAAAUUUACUUUCAAAUUACAUUUAAUUGGCCAAUUGUUAAUGUUUGAUAUUUGUUCAACAUGGGUCUAAAUUCGGUGAAACAUGAGUAAAAUUUGAUUUGUGCUGAUUUUAGAAUUUAAAUCUGUUCUUACUAAAGGGCAUUCUGUGAGUGAUUGAUUUAAGUCUAUGAGAAAUAAAUUAAAGCUAGUGGUUUAGCUUUAAUGCCGGGAUUGGGUUAUUUUUUUCUACCUCUGUUUUUGGUUGUGAUCUUAUUGUGUUUAACAGAGUUAGCAGUCUGAAAGUAAUCAAAAGAGGAGGUGCUAAGUAUGCAGAAUGGGGGGGAAAAAAACUGGCUUUUGUGGAUAAGUUAUUUAAACGGUGCUCUACCAACACUCUAAUUGAUUUUUUGCGGCCUAUUGAAGUUCGGUUUGUGGAGUGCUGACUGAAUUAGGCUUUAGACUAAUCUCUUAUAGCAGUGGCAUCUAUGAAGGUUCUCCUUGCUUUUGUAUAGUUUUAACUUGAUAUUCGCCCAUUGCUGAAAGUACAACAACUGCAUUCCAUCUUCAGUGUCUUUCCGUUUUAAAUAGCAGAGAUGGCAGUAACAGUACGUUUGUGACGGCUCAGCGUAACUAACUCUACCCCUCACCUCAGGAACCAGCAUGGUGAGUUUGUACUUAUAGAUCUGCACAUCAUGUCCUGAUAAUCACAAGAGAGCUCAAAGCUGCACUUUAUGCUUUUUAGCCUAACCGUUUCCAUUCUCCCAAGCUGCUGAUCAUUGGUUUGAGUGAGUGCAAGUGUGUCACAUCGGUGGUUACUGCCAUCUUUUCUCUAUAUUGCUGUUUCAGGGUACUCGUACAUGUAGUUUAACAAAAUGCAAGGAGUUUGCCCAAAUGUUAUUACUUUGAGAAGAUGAAUACAAUGACUUGUAUUCUUUAUAAUCCCUCAAACUAGUCUGUCUCAGGUCAUUCAACUAAAUCGAACCUAUAACAAACGUUUUAUAAUGGCUAUAUAUAGGGGAUAGGUGUUUGAGAAUAAUGUCGAUGUUCUCUAUCGUUUUGAUGAAGGGGUUGAAGUGUGUUGCAGUGGACCCUUAGUGUAGAAAAUGUGCUUUCCCCCUUUUUUAAGCAUCUUUGCAUUCUUUUAUCAUGUCAUUUCUGUAUAUUCUUGUUUUUUUCUGAACUGUAUAUAAUCUGUUUUCCAUGUUCGUUUUAUUUACCUUCCCAGAUGUCUUUGGGGGAAUUACAUGAAACUUUGAAAGUGACCAGAUGUUUCAAAAGGGAGUAUUCCUGUCUUGUGCUUUGUUGUUGAUGCGGAAAGGGAAAGUCAUUUCAGCUGUCAGUGUUUUAUUUGUAUGCAACAAAUAAAGGAAACUUGUUUAACUCAA